AUGGCUCCGGAUCCGGAUUUGGCCGGCGGCGAGCAGGCGGAGCCGCCUGACGACGAGGUGGACGACCCCGACGUCGACGAGGUCGACCCCACCGGCCGCUACUUCCGGUACAAGGAGGUCUUGGGAUCAGGGGCCUUCAAGACAGUCUACAAAGGCUUCGACAUGGUGGAAGGCAUCGAGGUGGCAUGGGCUAAAGUGGAGAUAAACGGUCGGACCAUGGGAUCCCCCAAGGAGCUGCAGCGGCUCAAGACGGAGAUCCAGCUGCUGCGGUCGCUCCAGCACAAGCACAUCCUCAUGCUCUACGCCUCGUGGGUCGACAACAAGAAAAGGACCGUCAAUCUCAUCACUGAGCUGUUCACGUCCGGCAACUUGAGAGAGUACCGUACUAAGCACAAGAAAGUUGAUAUGAAGGCAAUGAGGCGAUGGGCCAAACAGAUACUGACAGGGCUAGCCUAUCUGCACAACCAGAAGCCACCAAUCAUACACAGGGACUUGAAGUGUGACAACAUUUUCAUCAAUGGGAACCAUGGGAAAGUUAAGAUUGGGGACUUCGGUUUGGCAAUGGUCAUGCAGCAGAGGAAAACACAGAGUAUACAAGGCACCCUAGAAUUCAUGGCACCAGAGCUCUUUGGCGAAAACUACAAUGAGUUGGUGGAUAUAUACUCUUUUGGCAUGUGUAUGCUUGAAAUGGUGACUGGUGAGUGCCCUUACAGUGAAUGUCAGGGCUUUGUUCAGAUAUACAAAAGAUUUCUGAAGGUGCAAAACCAGUUGCUCUCUCAAGAACCAAUAGCAUUCCCGCCAAAUUUGGAUCUGGAUCUUGAAGCCACACCAAUUUUUGUAUCUUUGCUACCAAAUGGAACUGUUGAUAGCGGGAAGGGGUCUUUCAGCCUAGUGCUUCGAAGGGGUGGAUUUGUAUUGGAAGGAGAUAUGAGUGGUAGCAACCCUGUCAAGUUAUUACUAAGGAUUCCUGUCCCCAAUGGUAAAUGUAAGAACACCGAGUUCGCAUUUGACCUGGAGAAUGAUACAAGUCUUUCGGUGGCUACAGAGAUGGUGCAAGAGCUUGAACUACCUUCUUGGAGCAUGCCUGUUGUGGCGAAGCUGGUAGAUGCGUUCUUGCUCAAAACUGUUCGUGGUUGGAGGCCGUGUGUUCAGGUCGGUCAGAUGAUCCAGGCAGUGCAAAACACUGCAUCCGCGAAUGGAAAAUGCAUCUGA